UGUGAAUCACGUCCUACGUCACCGAGUCACACUUGCAGCGCGCGUGAGUGAGAGUAUGGUCGCUGCUCUCGGUGGGGUUGAGGGAGGUUGUUUGUAGGCGCGGGCCAAAAGCUGAGCGCAUGCUUUUUUUUAAACACUAGCGGAAGACCACUAGCUUGCUUUAGCGUCAUGAGUAAACCGCUGUUUAGUUCUUUGCUACCGUACGCUUCGCGUUAAUUUGGAAGCUGAAGUGAACCGAGCAAGGUGCAGAUGAAGAAGAGAGGAUGCUGGAAUGAGUGACGAAACACAGCAAACAUCAUGAUGGAGUCUCACUUCACCACAGCAUCACUGUGUUCCCGCUGCUUUCGCGCUUUAAAGUCGCAGUUUGUAACGCUGAAUUUCGAUAUUUAAGAAGGAGUAUUGUUUGCUUUCGUGCUGCUCGUGAAGCCGUUGUUUUGUUUGUGUUGGUAGUUUUAAUCGAUGCUCUGGAAUAAUCGCGCUGAGUAAGAGGAAGCCUUUCCUGGUUGAUAUAAUUAACGUGCUUACUGCAUAGGGUACAUUUCGCUCGUUCAUUGUCUACUGUAUAAUGUUGUAUAUAAAAUAAGUAAGCUGACUACUCGAGCCAUGGACUGUGUUAAAAUACUAGUUAAAGUUGAACGUGGACUCUUGAGCUUUGACGUUGACAUCAUGGAUAGACGCGGCUGAUUUUCAUCGAACAGGUGUCUCUUUAGUGUUCAUCCAUGACUCUGCCAUAUGCUGAUGGAACAGAAGGUCCUCAAUAAGUCCCCCAUGGUGUCCAGACUGCCAAAAUUUGGUGCCCGUCCUGUCAGUGGUACCCCUUCAUCCCUUCCCAAUGGCACAGCCCAGAUUGUGGUCACACAAGAGGGUAAGAAUCCCCCUGUCAGGCCAAAUGGAGUAGUCAGAGCCUCCUCCUUUUCCAUGAAAUGGAGAAAGGAAAAUGGUGGGUCAUUGGACCCUUUAAACUUAGUAGAGGGCACAAUACCAGAAGGGAAGAAAGAAGCUCGAUCUCAACAGUCUCCAGGAAGUAAGGAGUUAAAAAGCCCUUCUACUCCUGCAUCUAAAGUGCGCAGGUCGGCCUCGUCAUUAUCCAGUGGAAGCCCCAAACCUGUACCCAAAUCCUCUAAAUCCAUCCAAAGUCCUAAACCAAAGCCCAAACACUCUCAGAUCUUGACAACCUCUAAAAGUCAGGACAUAUCCCAACAAAGGCCAACUCAAAAUGGAACUGCAUUUCUGGGGUCUUCACCAGGCCAAGCCAUCUCUUCAGGGCUUCAGCGACCGAGGACAAAUUCUAGCUCUACGCGAAGCACCUCUAGCUUAUCUCAAUCCAACGACAGCCUCUCAAAACAUUCGGUCCUGCCUGACCACAUGGUGCGCUCUCAGAGCUUCACCCACUUUAAACAAUUACCAUCGCCAACAUCCGCUCCCAUGACACGCUCCUUCUCCUUCAACAAGGCUGUGGAGCUAGCCAAGCCACUAGCUAAUACCCAGCUGCGUCCUCCACGAACACUUGGACUCAAAUCUCCACUGAUCCUCAGCAAAGGCCGACCAAUGCUUGGUUUUGGGGGCCUGGGAUUUGGAAAGGGCUUAACAGAUAGACUACCUGCUGGGACUCCCUCUUCAGACUGCUUAACGCCGCCUAAUUCCACAAAAAGGCAGCUUUUACCUAACUCUAUGCUGACAAAACCCUCGUUACAAGCCUACAGGCUAAGUCGACCAAUUGCUGCCAAACAGCAGUGCCCUCCAGUGGUUAGGAGAAGCCCUGUGGAAAGUGACAUUAUAACUCCUCCUCUCACUCCAGAGCAGCUCCACUGUGCCACAGAAAACGUUUCAGCUUUCACUGAUUCCCCAGAGGAGGCUGUGACAGAGCCGAGUCUGAAUGGGACCCUUCACUACACUGGGGAGGGUGCGGAGGAUAUGUCUCUCUCCUCGGCAUCUUCUCUGGAGAGGAAUGACACCAGUGAGGAGUUCCUAGAUGACUUUGAAAACCUAGGGGACCAGUCCCAGAAUGGCAUCCAGCAGAACAAAAAUCCUGUUGCCACAGCCACCCGGAUACGCAUGCAGAGCUUUUUGAAUGAGACCAUGGACUGGGCUGGGAUUGGGCUGGCAGGUGGUAAGGCAGAUUUACAGAGUGCUCCACUACGUGGUCCACCGCUCAUGUCCCCUGAAGUGGACCGUCAUGCAGUCUCUUCUUUGGAGCUCUCACCCUCUAAUAGCUCUGGAGGGACAUACAUGUGGGAUGAGGAGGGCAUGGAGCCACUGGGACACAACACACACAUGCACCACUGCAGCAGUUUUGAGUCAGACCUCAACAGCGUCGACAUUCUGAACAACCUGGAUAAUACUGGCUCCUGUGACCUAGAAGAUGAUGACCUCAUGCUUGAUGUAGAUCUGCCAGAAGAUGCAGCAUUACUCAAUGAAGGAAUGGCCCACUUUGAGCACUCUGAGAGGGGGGGCCGGCCGGCUCAAUGGAGAAGGAGGCAGCAGAGGUGGAGCGGAGCAGAUCAUACUCAUAAUGACAACAGGCUGGCCGGGUUUCAUUACGAUGCCUGUCGUACAGGCCAUCGAACCCUCCAUCCUGCAAUUCAGCAUGACAGUCACACAGUGGCGCUAGAUGAGCUCACUCUCAAGCACAUGACAGAAGACUGUUCCUCUGUCAAAUCACAGCUGCUUAAACUCAAGAGUCUGUUGCAGAUGGAUGAUGGUGAGAUUACUCCAGAGAGUUUGGAUUCCAGCGAAGAUGACAGCAGAGCCCAGCAGAUGGAGGAGCUGAUGAAGGAGGUGGCACGUCUCAGGGAAGAGCUGAAAAAUAAAGAUAAAAUCAUCACACGGCUCACUCAUCAACAGCAUCAGGAAUCGCCAGUGAGAUGCCACUGUCAUCAGCAUAAGCCUGGGGUCAGAGGUGAGAGGAGAACACAUCAUGAUAAAUCCACUCAGACGGUGUGGCGACCACCCCAUCAUCACCCUGCUCCUCAAAUACUUCAGCCCAUCAGUCGCAUCCCCAACGAGCCCCUCAUCCAGGGAAAACUAGCAAGAACAGUCCCAAUCGGGGGCCGCAGUAAUGCCUGCACCGGAGGUGAACAGCCACCCAUGCCCUGUCCUCCAUCCCCCUGUGCCCAUCCACUUCUGCCUCCUGCUAGAGACCCUCGUGUAGAGUCGAAAUCUUUACCUGACCCAGAGGAGAUGAGUCGGUUGCUUAGCACCCACCUUCGCAUACAAGACAUCAAUGAGAGUGAGUCACCGGGGGCUGGAGAACAGAUUGCGAGACCGACCCCAGAAAGCCAUCAAAACAAACUGCUGCAAACACCUCACCCCCUGUCCCUCUUCAGCCCUCGUGUCCUGCAGCCUCCACGUCUACACAGACGGGUAACACUCUCUGCUCUGCCUGUAGGGGGCUGUAGUGGGUCAAAUCCAAAAUCUAGACUCUCAGUGAACUACAAGGCCCAGCAGCAGCAGGAGCAGCUUCCUCCUCCUCCGUCCAGAGGUUUGCCAUGCUUCAGUGCUGAGAACCACAUCAUACUGCAUGGCCAGCCCUCCCAGGCUUGGCCAGUAGUAAUCAGGAGAGAAGCUAACCCAGAACACAAUGCUUCAGUAUCGCUUGGUAUCUCCACAAGACUCCCAAAGCCAAAGAUCCACUGAGUGUCAGCUGCAGCCAUAGACACUGAUAAGGCUACCUCCCUAAACGCAUGAUUACACAUGCGGCUUGCACUAGAUGGUGUUUUUUGUGGCUAGACAACAUUUUAAGCUAAAGCAGCUAAAGUUUUGCUUCUAACUAUGCAACAAAAAGUCUCACAAUCAGUGCUACUGUUGCACAGAAACAUUGCACCUAAAAGUCAUUGAUCUUCAUUCCACUUCACCACUCAUCUUCCAUAUUCACCCUUAUAAAUUGACAAAUGAUGGACAGAAGUUCAGGCUGGAAAACGGGCAAUGAAAAGCAGCAGAUUAGUCUUUGUUUUAUUGAUGCUAAACAAACGUCAAAGACAACAAGUGUGUGCAGUGCCAUUGACUGCCUGUGGAGCUUAUUUGAGACCCUCAUUGUCUGGAUGUUUUCCCAUGCGCCGUGCCCUCUGGACGCCCACUCAUUUAGUGGGUGAAUCUGACAUUUACAUCAGCGACCUCCUGAGGUUUUACUGCAAAACACAUAUUAUUGUCUAGGCAGUCUCCUAGAGCCUGUCUUAAGGAUGGAGUGAGUCAGUACAUCACAUGACUCAAGUCUCCUCUUCAAUUUUCACAGGAAAAGCUGUCAUUCUGCUGUUAUUUGGUGUGUUUGUGUAUUAGUUCAUGCUUCAUUUCACAUCCACGUCUGAGUUCACCACAUAAACCAGGCUCUCGGGUAUUGUUUUUUUCCCUCAUUCGUGCAUCUUGUUUGUCAGUGCAACAAGUCUCUAUGACCUACAGACAUAGUGCUUUGGCAGGAGAGUACACAUUCUGCUGUCUGUGCUUCCUUUAUUUUCACCUUGUUUCAGUCGCGAUCAGCAGAUUUCCAUUUAAGGCUCAUGCCUCCUGUAUCAACGAGGUUCUUUUUUUGGAUUAUAAAUUAUGGCAUGCUCAGAGUUUUAACUUGCUUUUUCACCUCUCAUUAGUCGCGUAUAGAACUGUUAUGAUGCUUUUAAAUUAUUUAUACGCUAUAAAGAUGUUUACAGUUGCCUUUAUUAAGCUGUUUGGUCUGUUUCAGUUCUGCAGGAACUUGUUUGCCUUGUCUUUGGCAGAGAAACAGUCUUGCUGAGAAACUUUAAAUGUGCAAGCAGUACACACACUUGAUGAAGUUCUUAGUUUUUGGAAAUGUUGUUGCACUAACUUGUUUUUGGCUCUGCGAGACAUGAAUUAUUAAAUCCAUGAAGUAAAAUUUUUAGUUAAAUUUCUGAAGAUAGAUGCAUUGGAC